AUGGAGCACCCUGAGGGACUGCCUCCGGAUCCGUUAGAAAAUGAUUCCACACCGAGAGUUUCAACAUCAGAAGUAACCGGCUCGCAAGAUCCCCAAAUUUCUGUCGACAACGGGGCGGAAACCGUCGGCGUCCAGGGCGCCGAAAAUACCAGCUACCAAGUCACCCAAACUGCUGCCGACCAUGUCACCCAAGCGGAUGCCGACAGCGGCGCCCAGGCUGGUGCCACAGCUCCUCCGGAAAACUUACCAGAAGGGAAAGAGAUGAGUAAAAGCCAGGAUGAACCUCCUCACGAACUUGAGAACCAGUUUAUAUUGCGUCUGCCUCCGGAACAUGCAUCUACUGUCAGGAAGAUACUACAUUCUAGAAGUGUUGCCAUGAAGGAUAAACUCAAAAUUGACUUAUCUUCUGAUGGACGUCAUGCAGUUGUUCAGGUAGAAGAUGUCUCACUAGCUGCAAAGGUGGUUGAUUUGCCAUGCGUUAUUGGAAGCCUGAAAAGUCUUGAUAAAAAAACUUUUUAUAAAACAGCAGAUAUUUCUCAGAUGCUUAUGUGCACUGCUGAUGGUGAUCUCCACCCUUCUCCGGAAGAACCAGUUACCUCUACUGAUCUUAAAGUAAUCAGGAAAAAUGAAAAAAAGAGACAGAAACAAUAUGUCUGGAAGCAUGGCAUUACUCCACCACUUAAGAAUGUCAGAAAGAAAAGGUUCCGCAAAACAACAAAAAAGCUCACUGAUUUCAAACAAAUUGAAGAAAUCAGCUUUCCGGAGUACAUCGAGUCUCCCGAUGUGGAAAAGGAAGUGAAAAGACUUCUGUGUUCAGAUGCUGAAGCUGUCAGUGCUCGAUGGGAAGUAAUUGCUGAAGAUGAAACCAAGGAAAUAGAGAGUCAAGGCUCUAUCCCAGGCUUUGCAAUAUCCUCAGGAAUGAAUGACUAUAAGCAGGAUCGUGUCUCAUCAGACUAUGGUAUGCUUCGGGAGAUGUUCAGUGAUUCUAGCAGUAACAGUGAUGAUGAUGAGGAGGAGGAGGAGGAUGAGGAUGAUGACGACGAUGAGGAUGAGGAGGAUGAGGAUGAAGAGGAUGACUAUGAUGAUGAGUACGAAGUUGAGGAAGAGGAGGAAGAUUAUUAUGAAGAGGAUCUGGAAAGGGAGCUACAAGCCAAGUUCUUUGCAUCUGGCCAGUAUGAGGCAAAGGAAGGAGCCAGUUCAAUAGUCAUGGAUAUUCAGAAGCAGAUUCAUUACAUGGAGAAAAAGCUCCAAGUGAUUCGAUGCAAAGCACAAAGACAGAGGCAUCUCAUAAUGAAAGUGGAAAACCUGAUGCUCAAGAAUCAUUUAAAGUCUGUCCUGGAGCAGCUUAAGUUACAGGAAAUACAAAAAAAUGAGCAGCUCGUUUCCCUACGGGAACAACUGAAAUAUUUUUUGAAGUGA